CUAAGCCCCACCCUCCCCCCUCAAACACUUAGGAAACCUGCCCAUAUGCUGCCCUCACCUCCUCGACCCAGAUAUCGCCAUCAGCAGCAUCCUCCUCCUCAGAGAGGCAUGCAUUUGAUGCCUGAGGUCCCAGGCAGUUGAAGUCCUUGGCAAGUGACGUGUGAGUCCUGUGUGCCAUAGGAAGCUUCCCACCCCCAUCUGGUGACCAAAGGCCUGGCCGCAAGUAGUGAGUUGUUCCUCCUCUACCCAGACCUCACUGCUCACGUCCCCCUCAUCAACUGGAACAUCCUCCGACAUGGCCCGGAUGCUGUUGCUCGUCUUUAUCGUGGUUCAGCCAGGAUCCUGUGCUCUCUGGGUGUCCCAGCCCCCUGAGAUUCAUACCCAAGAGGGUGCCACUGCCUUCCUGCCCUGCUCCUUCAACGCCAGCCAAGGAAAACCAGCCAUUGGUUCUGUCACAUGGUACCGGGACAAGGUGGCCCUGGGGAAGGAGGUGAGGAACGAGACCCCAGAGUUCAGGGGACGCUUGGCCUCUGUUGCCUCUGCCCGCUUCCUCUGUGACCACCAGGCUGAGCUGCACAUCUGGGACAUCCGAGGCCAUGACGCCGGCGUCUACGUGUGCAGGGUGGAAGUGCUGGGCCUGGGUGUCGGGACAGGGAAUGGGACUCUGCUGGUGGUGGAGAAAGGACCUCCUCGGCUGGGGGCCAGCACAGUCCUCCUCCUUCGGGCUGCAUUCUAUGCCUUCAGCUUUCUCUCUGUGGCCAUGGGCAGCACCAUCUAUUACCAAGGCAAAUGCCACUGUCACAUGGGAACACACUCCCACUCCUUGGAUGGCCUCUGAUGAGUGAUUCCAGACUUCAGUGAUCCCAACUCUCUUCAAGAGACCCCAAUAAAUUCCUCUCUGCCCCACCACUAACUCCUUCUUAUGAGUCUCGUGUAUUUCCUUCUCCAUUCUCCAGAUGCC